UGCCCACCCCCAGCAGAAUUCUUUGCUUAAGAGGAGGCAGAUUUCCACCUCCUGAACACGGCUCUGGACUCGUGCUGAUGCUUCUCGGAGCUGUCUUGAGGGCUCCCCUGUGCUGGAGGGAAUUCUAUCCGAGGACUGCCUGUGACAGGACACCACUGCUGUACCAGUUUGGGAGCAAAAUAUGGAAUGUUCUUCACUGCUGACUGAGCGCAGGCAAAUGAACAGUAUUUAUAGUAGUGUGAAAAUCGGCAGUUAGCAGUUUGUUCACAUUCUAACACUACCAGAGAGAACUCAUUGUUUACAAGAAAUCUGCUUUCCAAAUCCGUUACGGUUCCCUCCAGCCUUGACUAUUAACUAUUUGCAAAGGGGAAACGGAUCUACGCUUUGGGGAAAGAUGGCAAUGGAAGAGUACCUGUGGAUGGUCAUUGUGGGUUUUAUCAUUGCUUUUAUUUUAGCAUUUUCAGUGGGUGCAAAUGAUGUUGCCAAUUCUUUCGGAACUGCCGUGGGCUCUGGUGUAGUGACUUUGCGCCAGGCUUGCAUUUUGGCUUCAGUUUUUGAAACUACUGGCUCGGUACUGCUGGGAGCAAAAGUAGGAGAGACGAUUCGGAAAGGUAUAAUCGAUGUUAACCUGUACAACGACACUGUGCCGCUGCUGAUGGCAGGAGAAGUCAGCGCGAUGGUUGGUUCUGCUGUUUGGCAGCUGAUUGCAUCUUUCUUGAAACUCCCAAUAUCGGGGACCCAUUGCAUUGUAGGUGCUACUAUUGGAUUUUCACUCGUUGCAAUUGGCACACAGGGAGUUCAGUGGAUGCAGCUUGUCAAGAUUGUUGCCUCUUGGUUUAUUUCCCCUCUGUUGUCUGGCUUGAUGUCUGGAGUACUUUUUGUGUUGAUUAGAUUCUUCAUUCUAAAGAAGGAAGACCCUGUGCCCAAUGGUCUUCGUGCACUUCCAGUUUUCUAUGCUGCUACCAUUGCUAUUAACGUGUUCUCCAUCAUGUACACGGGGGCACCAGUACUUGGGCUGGUACUGCCAAUGUGGGCUAUUGCUCUGAUAUCACUCGGCGUGUCCUUAGUAUUUGCUGUCUUAGUUUGGAUUUUUGUAUGCCCCUGGAUGAAAAGAAAAAUAGAAAGCCGGUUAAAGAAAGAUGCUGCGCUGUCAAGGAUAUCAGAUGAAAGUCUUGAUAAAAUUCAAGAUGAAGAAACACCAGUCUUUAAAGAGCUUCCCGGUGCCAAAGUGUCUGAUGAGAGCUCAGUUCCCCUCACUGGCUCAGUAACAGAAGCUGCUGGGGCAUCAGAUACUAUUGCAAAUGGAAACCAUCCACGUGUACCUUAUGGAAGGGCCUUUUCUAUGACGCACACCUCUGUGAAAUCCCCUGUCUCUAAUGGCACUUUCAGCUUUGACGGCCAGGUGAGGAGUGAUGGCCAUGUCUAUCACACUGUGCACAAAGACUCAGGUUUAUACAAAGACUUGCUACACAAAAUGCACCUGGACAGGUCCACUGAUGAGAAGCCUGCUCAAGAAAACAACUACAAACUGUUACGACGCAACAAUAGCUAUACCUGCUAUACAGCUGCUAUCUGUGGCAUGCCUGUGCAUUCCUCAUUUAAGGCAGCAGAUACAUCGACUCCCGAGGACAGUGAGAAGUUAGUAGGAGACACGGUGUCCUACUCUAAGAAACGAGUUCGCUAUGACAGCUACUCCAGCUAUUGCAACGCAGUGGCUGAGGCAGAAAUUGAGGCGGAGGAGGGUGGAGUGGAAAUGAAGUUGGCCUCUGAACUCGCAGAUUCUAACAGGCCCCCAGAAGAUCCUGUGGAAGAGGACAAGGAAGAGAAGGACACGUCUCAGGUCCAUCUGCUUUUCCACUUCCUCCAGAUCUUAACAGCCUGUUUUGGAUCCUUUGCCCAUGGAGGGAAUGAUGUCAGUAAUGCAAUUGGUCCCCUUGUUGCACUCUGGCUAAUCUAUGAACAAGGUGGUGUCAUGCAAGAAGCAUCAACUCCUGUCUGGCUGCUGUUUUAUGGAGGGGUUGGGAUCUGCGUGGGUCUCUGGGUCUGGGGCAGAAGAGUUAUCCAGACUAUGGGUAAAGACCUCACUCCAAUCACACCCUCAAGUGGAUUCACUAUUGAGUUGGCUUCGGCGUUCACAGUUGUGGUAGCUUCCAAUGUUGGACUUCCUGUCAGUACUACACACUGCAAGGUGGGCUCCGUGGUGGCCGUCGGCUGGAUCCGCUCCAAGAAAGCUGUUGACUGGCGUCUCUUCCGCAACAUCUUCCUUGCCUGGUUUGUGACUGUCCCGGUGGCUGGCUUGUUCAGUGCAGGGGUAAUGGCACUGCUGAUGUAUGGUAUCCUACCUUACGUCUGAAGAGCCACAAACAGGGGAAGUAGCCAAGCUAGGAUUUAGGGAAGAAGUGUUCCCAUGAAAGGACCGGUCGGAGAGAAUCCAUCUUCCAUAUCUAACUUCUUAUCUACUGUACAUAACAAUGUGUCAUAUUGGUGACAUGGUGAUGUGGUGCCAUUUCUUAUGUAUUAAAUAAAUAUAUAUGCAUAUAGUAGGUAACAAUACCUAAGUUAUAUUAUUAGUGGGGUGAAAAUAAUUGCCUAGAAUUUAAUAUUUAGAAAAAAAAAUUGUACAUAGUGUAUCAUUUUGGUGGCAAUUUUUUAAUCUUUUGAAGAGAAGUAUGGAUUAGGAAAUGUUUCUUGUCCAUUUGAUAUAAGAAGCGAGGUACAGGACUGCGUAACACAUGAAUUUUUUUAAAGCUACUAAGAUACUGGAACAAAAUGUGCAUAAAGUGCUUUUCAUAAGAUAACUGUUCAUAUCAUAUUGAUCUUGGUGUAUCAUAGCAUAAUGGUUAUGGCUUUGUAAAUACUUACAAACAGUAACUCUUAAAUGGUGCAUUUCCCUUAUAUAUUUUGGAUAAGAAAGUUUAGGAAGUACCAAAGAAGCAGGGGAAUUGCUUGCCAAUAGUACAUUCUUGUCUACACGUGUGAAUGUGUGUUGUGUUUCUUCACCUCUAAUUUAACACUAUUUUCACCAAGCUACCAAUAGCCAGGCUCUUCCCAUCUUAAUGUAAUUAAAAACAAAAACAAAACAAAAAAGCACACAAAAAAGUUUGUUCUACUUGUUGUUGCUUAGUAGGCAGAACACUGUUGUCCACGCUAGCUGGCAGUCCACUGACUUUGUUUUGUGAAGUGUCUCACUUCUUAGUUUCCACCUUUCCCUCAAGCCCCUGUCCCAUUGCCCUGCCAUCAUUCUCAGUGCCAGCACAGACCAUCAGUCUUCUCUAUCUCUGUCCAGUGAGCCAUGGCUGCCUGCCUUCUGGUACAGGAGUGGGGCUGCCUGGCAUGACUGUGGGGCCACAAAACCCACUCAGCCCCACUCUUAUGGCUGGGGGCUUUGGCUGUUGGUGGCCAGCACUCGGGAUGCAAUUCCUCAUGGCAGCUCAGGGGACUUGAUGCAGGAGGUGGUGAACUAAUCCCUGCACAGCUUCGGGAAGCACACUUGGGUGAAGGUUACUGUUUGGUGGGUGGGAGGCAAAGGGCAAGGGGUGUCUGGAAGAGGUUUGGGAAUCUCUUACUGUUUAAAUGCUGCUAAAAUUUUGAUAAACGGUCUUGGUACUCCAUUGUGACUUUUCCAUUGGUCAUUCAUACUAAAUUUAUAAUAAAAGAUAAACAGCCCCAA